UCAAAAAACCAGUUUAUUUACUGAUCACAUUCAGUAAGAAUUUACGUCGCGCGCGGCAAAAGUCUACAAGCGCGUUGUGGAUCUCAUAGGAAUUCAUUGUUAGCGUAGUUACAUUUUAUGCGUAUUAUUAAUAUGUUUUAAAUUACAAAUUUGUGUUAACCAUUACUAGAUACGUUUAUUAUAUGAAUAGUUUAGUAACAAUUUAUUUAAAUUAAAAAAAAUAGUAUUUCAAAACCGAAGGUGUGUCUGUCGUAGGUUUGAAUUUCGAAUUGCGAGUGAACAUUGUUUGUGCAUUCAGGUGAAAAGGAAAAUUGUUCCGUGCAUACAAAGCCGCUAAAAAGAGAUGUUAGUUCAGUGUCAAAUAGUUCGAAAUCAAUUGUUUACUUGAAUGAUUAGUUCGUACUGACAUCGGUACGAGUUGUGAACUGAACAUGUGCAGGUCACUGGCUUGGUUCAACCAAAAAUCUUGAUGUUAUCUAGAAGGUUCUACGAGAUUGGCUAACAUGUAGUCAUGGCCAGCGGCAAAGUACUAUAUUCUAUAGCCGUUGUAGUACUCGGUUUUAUCUGCUUUGUUGUUGGAGCGGUUGCAGUUGGUCUACCGACUUGGGGACAUUUUUAUAGCUUAGAGAAUCCGAACUUCGACCAAGGCUACUUCGGACCAUGGCGGGUUUGCAAGAGGCUGCUGUACUACAGAGAGAAAUGUGGCACGGACGUCUCGAAGUUUCGACCGUCGACGGCGGUGUAUAUAUCAGGAGUUGUGGCGUCGGUCGGUGUUUCCGUCUUGGGAGUAUUUUGCAUACUGUCGGUACUGCAACUGGCCAUGAUAUCUUCGAAGGAGAAAGUCGGUUUCAAGUACACGCAUCUCGUUCUGACGAAGCUUGCUUUGGCACUUCUAGCAACGUUACUGUCCAUAGCAGCAGCUGGGCUGUUCGCUGUGCAGGGCGAUGACAGGGGAUUUUAUCUCGUUAGAGGCGAAGCUUUCUAUGUACAGAUAGUUAGCAUAGUAAUAAACUCAGCGUUAUUUAUUAUGUCGUUGUACGACACACUGUUUUCUCGUCGAGUUGGGGGUGACCCAACGAAUCCGCUGGGCGAGGUAGAAGAUAGCACUACGAUAAAUAAUCCAGGGUUUAAAGAAGGAAGAGGUAUAUCAAUGACAGAUGCAUCUGGGAAGCCGUACAGCACAAAUGGUCAUGGCAGUGUAGCGUCUAUGAACACAACAGCGACAACGUUAACUGGUCUAUCUGACGCCAGUACAAUAACGAGGUCGCCUCUUCGAUCAUCGUUGAAGAAGCCUAGGCCACGAGAAGGUGAGCCAGGGGGUAUGGGCAAAUGGAACCAUGGGUACUCAAAUAAUUCACCCCCACUUAACAGAAACGGGAGUCAGAAAAAGGUACGCAUACAAACGCAUAGCACUGAAGUUUAAUGGACUAUCGCUGUAUAUUUCUAUACAAAUAUUUUAAGACUUAAAGCACCGUCCUAUAUAAACACCGUUUUUUACUGCUUGAGUAAUAUGUAAUGUGCGAAAGAGAUAGGUGUAUACAAUGUCAUUGUGCGUGAAAGAGACGCACUGAUUUUUGUUAAUAUUUAUCUGCUGUGCAAGAAGACGACUAUAUAACCUGCUUAAAGGGACUCGUUGAUAUUAAUCAAGCUGUAUAAAGAUAUUAAUUAUACAGCGUGUUUUCAUCUAAUAGAAUCUAAGUUAUAUUAGCACAAUUCAUUGAUGAUAUUGGAUGGAAUUAAAUAAUUACAUUUCGUUGAUUCAAAAUAUAUGAGGAAAAUAAUUUAUCUCUUGAGGAUAAUAAAAUUUUAUUCAUAAGGAAAAAUA